AUGGACAAAUCUCUUAAGAUGGAUUUGAAGAGUGUUAAAGAUAAGAUUAAGGAAGGGAUAGACAGUGUGAUUAUGGAUUUGGGAGUUAAGGAAUUGGAUGAGAAAGUGAAGAGUGAUUUGCAGAAGGUUGAUAAAUCAAAUGGAGAGAGCCUCGUUAAACACGAGUUGUCACAGCUUUCAAGGGCUAAGGAACCGCUGAAUCAGCUUACUGGUAGUGGUGAUAAGUCAAUAGUGACGCUGACGACGGGACUUCAAACUAAGUUUAAUCUGCAUAUCAAGACUCCGCUUAACGAUAAAGUCCAAGAAGUUUACGAUGAGAUUGAGACGCUUGGCGGGAAUUUUGAGCUGAGAGGCGGAAGUGAAAAGAAACUUGAAGAGAUUUUUAAAAAGAUUAAAGAGGAAGUCAAUAAAAUCCUGAACGGUGAUCAGCCAAAUAGAGGCCUGGAGGGCAUUGCCAGCGGGUUGAUUGGCAGCUACACUAGCGGCUGGGCGGAAGGAAUUUUGGGAAAUAAUAAGGGAGAUGAUAAGAAGAAAACCAUUAAACCGUGGCUUGGUAAGUAUGUUACUGAGAGGAAGGGGAGUAGCAGCGACGUGGUGAAGCUGCUGGAUGGUUCGAUACUUGGGUUUUCAUGGAGUCAAAAAAUUAUCGAGCAGAUUAAGACGAAGCUUCAUAGUGAAAUUGAGGCAGGCAAGGGGAAGGUUGAUACGUCCAGUGGUAAAAUCGAAAAAACCAUUACAUCCGUCAAAAAUGCGUGCGAGGCAUUUGUUAGUGGGCUUGAUGAGAAACUGAAAAACGACGGAUUUAAGGAGCUUGCCCAGGCCGUGGACAAGAGGUUGGGUGAAGUGAGGGAUGAGGUUGGGAGGCUUGACGCCAAUUUUAAGAAAGUCAAACAAGAUCUUGAUGAAGCAGUUAGAGGGCUUCCCGGCGCCGUUAAAGAUUUCAACGAUGUAGCCGAACAACAGAUCAAGGCUGCGGCCAAGAAGGCUAUCACAGAGGCGGCUGGGCAGAUUAGUAAGAAUGGUGCUGCAAUUGUGCUUGGUGAUAAUCUCAUGAACGAAUUCCACACUACCCACGAACAAAUUAAAAGUAGUCUCGACAGGGAACUCAAGCAGAAAGUUGAUGACCACAUUGGGAAGGAUGAUCAGUCGGCAAGUCAGCAAGGUGGUCAAGCACAGAAAAUCAUCAUUGAUAAAAAGAAUUUUGGACAAUAUGAUAAGCACGCCAUCGGGGACAUCAAGGCUCUGGGACUGGCGGAGCUUGAAGGGACUAUUGGUGACAAGGCCAGUAAGGAUAAGAAGAUUGAAGAAAAGACGUUUAAUGAUCCGUUCACCAAAAUUAAGACACAGCUUGGAGAGAUCAAGGGAUUGGUUGAUGGUGAUGGCACAUCUGGCAAGGACGAAAAAGGCGUCCAAAAGCUUCUGGGUGAGCUUAAAAGUGCGCUUGAUCAGGGCAAGUUAAAUGGAGCUGAUAAAGGUUUAGAUGAUAUUAAAAAUGCGAUUGAAAAACUGCAACAAGAGCAGUUCACAAAGCAACCCGAAGCAAUUGGCACAGCCGUCCAAGCAAUUAGGAAGGAGCUUGGAGAGCUCAGAGGGAAGUUGAAGAAUAAGGAAGGUCAGCCGAAAGAUGAUGUUAUUGAGACAUUAACAGACUUGAGAAAUGUUGGUCUCGAAGGUAAGAAUACUUGGAAUGGUAAGACAACUCAAGACGGUAAAUCUCUCAGUGGUCUCGGGAAAAUCCAGCAGGGACUUCAGGAGCAGAAUAAGGAAUUGGCCACCCAAAACAACAAGAUUGGAGAUGCCAUACACCAAAUUAAAUGGGCGCUUGCAUGUCUCGGAUUUAAGUUGCAAGGUUUAUACACUACCGAUGACGUAAUAGACCAGCUGACCUGGUUGGGGCAGUUGAUUGGUAAAGGUAAGGAUAAAGCUAAAAAUAAUCUUCACGGGAUUUACGAGAAAAUAAGGCAAUUGCAAGAAGACCCGUUUCAACAACAACCCACUAAAAUUGAACAAGCCAAGCAACAAAUUGUAAAUGAACUCACUGCCCUUCGAGGUGUGUUGCAAGGCAAUGCAAGCGACGAAGAUGUCAUUACAACACUGAACGAUUUGCAGAACAAUGGGCUUAAUAAUGUAUCCAAUUGGAAGAGUCAUAAUGGUAGCCCAGUUGCUGGCCUCGCAAAAAUAAAUGGUGAACUUAAAGCUCAACAAAAUACGUUAGGACAACAACCCGAACAAAUCGGCGGUGGCGUCCAGUCAAUCACCACUGAGCUUGACAAACUUAGAAACCAGUUGAAUGACAAUGUCACCGAAAAGCUCAAGAAGCUGAAAGACCAUGGCCUUACUGACGGCGGAAACAACUGGACACUUAAUGGCGAUGCAGACAAAGGCCUCACUAACAUCACCGCAGACAUCGUAGCCAUAAAAACAGAGAACGUUAAGGACGUGAAGGAGAAACUCAAAGAGCUGUGCACAGAAAUUCGUACCUUAGCGAGGGAGGCAAAAAGGGACUUGGAACAUGUGAAAAAAGACAGGCUGGAGUAUGAGUUGACUGGAAUAAAAGACCAAUUGCACAACCUGCAGAUCCGUCUGGUGAGUGGGCCAAUCAAGGCCUGCAAGGAGUUCAUUAAUAAAGACGCCGACAGGUUCGGAAGGGAAUGCAUUGCGUCCCUCACAGCGUUCGUCGACGGCCAAGUGGCCACCGCAAUCGAGGACUUAACAGCCUUCGCGAGGCAGCAGUGCGCCGCCAACAUCAAGGAGGCGCUGGAGGCCUUCGCCCGGAAGGUGGAAGAGGAAUUAAGUCCCUUGCCUCCGUUAAUAAACGAGGAUCUACAGAUAGGGUAUAAAGGGUUUAUGAAACAGGUUGAAGGGAAGCCGGAGACUCAAGUUGCAGGUGCACAAGGGGAAUUUGAGAAGUUCGAAGAGUUUGUGAGGACUCUGCCAUCUGAGCCGAAGGAGAGAGUGUUCAAAAAAUUGGCCGCAGUGUUCAUGCACUUUUACGGUGAGCUUAAAGCGUACAUCCACAAAGAGAUCAGGAGAGAGCACAAGGAGGAAGGCAAGAAGAAAAACCCUGUGCCCCAAGAACCCGAAGCGCUCUACACAGACAAACUUGUAAGAGUCACAUUGUCAUUUAAUGCGUUGCUUGAAUACAUUAGAACUGAGGAUACCUUCGACCACAGACUCCAAGCGCUGCUCCGCAGCCUCACCGACGCGCUGAGUGAACUCAAGCCUGAGAGCUUCGCCAGGCCCUCGAGUCCCCUGCUGGACGGCCUGGUGGAGGGGCUCACAAAGUUCGCCGCCGAGUUCACAUGUGCGUACGUCUCAAGAUACGCCGGCGCACAGUUCACCGCUGCUUUGGUAGAAAAUGAGACUUUAACUGAGACCGUAAGAUCCCAAGGCACAAAGUCCGUCACCGCCAAAAACGUUACCAAGCUGACGCCAUACGGCGCCAUGUGCGCCAAGGUCUUUCUCACCCUGCUGCCCACACUGUGCGACGCCUUCAACAGGCUGGCGGAGCAGUGCGGCAAAGACGGCAAGUGGAGGGAUAUGAGCAUUAAUUCAAGCAGUAAACUCGGCACAUUCCUCCAGCGCUGCGGCUACAAGGUCUCCGCCUCUCCCACCCUACAGGACGGCGAGCUGCGCGACGAGUGCAACGGCCACGACGUGUAUGUCCUCGUCAGCCAGAACAUUGAGGAGACCCAUGACAACGAACACCUCAAAAAAUGCCUGUCCCUCCAAAACGCCUGUAAUCUGAUAGAUCUCCUUCAGUGCCUCUGCACGCACCUCCACCAGUACUAUAAGACGUGCCACCUCAAGGUGCAUCCCUCACCCCGGCCGCCGUGUUCCAUCUACGAGAUGCUUCAAUGGUGCUGCGGGCUCCCGCACAACGCCGUGUACCUGGGCCUCAACUCCGAAGCACUGCCGUCGCUGUUCGAGGCGGACGAGCCGGACGCCGGGGAAUCCGAAGUGUCCCUCACUGACGUCGGCAGCCUGGCGCUUAAGGCCCACCCGCAGCACAUAACACCGGCGUCCCUCACCGACGCACUCACGGAGGUGUGCCACCAGUCGCAUUCAGUGCUCACCACGUUACUAGGCUUCGGCCACGCAGGUGGCAUCUAUGCCUGCGACUUCAACACCAACCCGGCAGGCCUGCUCUACCCCGGCGACGCGGACGCUUUGCUCUGCCUGCUGUACGAUGUGCUCAAACGCCUCCACCACCAGCUGUAUCUCCUCUACCGCCGGUGCCUCUACAACGCCCGGCACGGCGGAUGGCUCGACUGCUGGUACGGCCAAGGUGUCGGAGGCUCCAGUUGGAAGUGCAACACCAUGCUGUGUGCCAACCAAAUGUGUGACCAACAGUGCAACCAAACACAUGACCAAAUAUGUAACCAAAGAUGUGACCAGCAUCCCAGGUGCGGCGUCAAGUCGCCGCUCCAGUCGUUCCUCGAGGACGGACUGCAAGGCUUCUUGCCGCAUGACCUGUCCCCCAAUGACACCUGUGUCUCAUGCCCCGCCUGUGACACCACGUCACCCGGCCUGCCGUGCAAGACGCCGAUGGGCCUCUCCAACAUCACCAGGCUGGCCUCCCGUGCGUGCCCAGGCAGAGCCAUCAUGGACGUCCUCGGCGCCUUCUGCGGCGGCGCUUCCUCACCCCUCACCAGACUGUGCAGCUUCCUGAAUUGCCUCCUCACUCGCCCGCCACGGACGCCAGACGACCUGUUCGCCUUUUACUACCAGUUCAUAUGUGACUGGCGUAGCAGCGGCGAGCACCGUAAGGCGGCCUUCGAGGACGCCGUCGGCAACGCGUGCUUCCGGCAGCGGGGCGUCACACUGGACGUCAGUACAAUCUUCGGCACCAGUGACCACGGCUCAGUGCCAGACAUGCCUCACCUCACCGGCGAUCUCUUCUCACUCGUCGAGUGCAACGGCACUCCUCGCUCCGCUCCGUCACACCCCUGCGGCCCUACCUCAAGCCACUCGGCCACGACGGAACUGCUCCAGGACUGCGAGCGCACCUGCGCCGACGCCACGUCCAACUGCCACGCCAGGAGCUGCGCCAACGACUGCACAGCCAAGCGACGGCCACUGGCCCCGAGCUCCAAUCACACUGCCGACUGCCCCUCCAUCGUGGACUGCGACUCCACCACGCCCACACUCUUCCAGUACGGCUUCGUGCUCAAAGACGUCCACAGCCUCGCCGGAUCCACCAGCGGCCACCCAGCCAAGCGCACCUGCGAGGAUUUCUGCACAGCACUGCAAGUCGCCGUCAAGCAGAGGAACCCUCUCCACAAGCUGGCGCAUGAGACAAUCCCCGAGUACCUCUACACCAUCCGUGCGCCCUUCCUCUACACCAUCACAGCACUCUGGCUCAUCGCCACGCUCUACAUUGCCCACUCACUACUCUACCGCAUGGACGUCCUCCGCAUCCGCUCCCACCUCCUCACCACCAGGGCCUCACACCUCAUCGACGUCAAGGCGCUGCUCGCCGGAAGCCGCAGGAUGCUCUCACUCUACAAGGACGUGGCGGUGAUUGGGAGCAACAUUGGUGCAAUUGACACGGCUAAAUACACUCUUCUCCAACAAGUUACCAAUCUAAGUGCCUUGAUCACCUCGGCGGAGAAGAUCCGUGCUGCGGCAGAGACAAAGGCCAAAGAAGCCUACGACAAGCUGAAGGUUAAUGAGACUCUGAGUCAGAAAAUCGGGGAGAUUGUGACGGCAAAUGAGAAGAUUAAAGGAGUACAUACUCAGCUGAGUGGUGUUCAUAAAAAUUUGGGAGAGUGGAAGCAACAGGCCGGGGAUGUGCUUCAAGGGGCGAUUGAAAAUGCUAAGCAUGUGUAUGAGAAUCUGAAUCCUGAUAAAAAUGGUGACCCUAAAAAGGAGUCUCUUGGCAAGAAAAUCGGUGCGAUUGAAGAUAAUAAUAACUUAAUUAUUAAGGCAAAUACACAACUUGGCCAACAUGUUAAGGAUUUGACGAGUUGGAAGACUGCGGCCGGGAGUGUUAUUGACAAGGCGGACAAGAAGUGUGGUGAUAUUUUGGGGAAAGUUAAGACAGAUAAUGCCGGUCCGAUUUUUAAGGAAGCUGAUACAUUAAAAGAGAAGGGAAUUAAGCUUUAUAAUGCUGCGAGUAAGGCUAAGCAGGAAGUUGGCGUGAAGGUUGAAGAAGCGUUGGAGGCUGUUGUGGACAUGGACAAAGAUCUCAAGAAGGAUUUGAAAGGUGUUAAGGAUAAGAUUAAAUUGGGGAUAGACGGUGUGAUAAAGACGUCGGGAGUUUUGAGUUUGGAUGGUUUGGUGAGACAGGAUUUGGGGAAGUUGAGGAGCAAGAUUUUGGAGCUCGAGCAGCAGGUUACUAAAAGUAAGGAUACCGGUGAAGGUAUGGUUGGUAAGCAGUUACAGGACCUUAAAAAUAAGAAAGGCCCAUUAGAUAGUGUUGUUAAAAACAUUGAGCAGGAGACGAAUGAUAGGCUGGUUGAGAAUUUUACGAAGCAUAUCAAGACUCCGCUUAACGAUGCGGUCAGUGAAGUUUACACGGCGAUUGGGACGCUUGGCGAGAAGUUUAAAGAUGGAGGCCAGGAAGGUAAGAAGAAUCUUAAUGAUAUUUUCGGGUAUAUUAAAGAUAAGGUUGGGGAGAUUAAGGGGACUGGAGGUACAGGUUGGGACAAUAAAGGUGGCUCAGGUCUGGAAGGGAUUAAGUCCAAGGUGCAGAAUUACUUCGAAGCGUUCAGCGGGAGUAAGUUCAAGAAUAUAGUGAAGGGCUGGUUGGAAGAUAUUUUGAAGCAUAACGGCGCGGUGAGGAAGAUGGUUGGGAAGAAUCAAAAUUACAGUGAGAGCGACGAGAAGAGUAACAUCACCAACGUCGCAAAUGCUUUCAAGGAACAGCUUGAGACGCAAUCGAAUGCGGCUGGUUUAGUGGUUGUAAACGGAAACAAUGGCGCGAGCGGCAACUCCCAAAAGAUUCAUGGAUACGUCAACGCUGUGAAGGACGGUUGCGAAACAUUCGCCGAUGCGCUUGAUAAGAAGCUGCAUAAUAAUGGGUUCAGUGGAAUAUUCGACGCGGUCAAGCAGCAGUUGAAGAAUAACAAAUUCAACGCCACAAAAUGCAUCUGCGAGAGCGUAGGCUGCACAAACUGUAAUGGUCGAGGGAAUAACCACGAAGACGAAUGUAAGGAAAAGGCUUUCAUCGCUGCCGUGCUCUGCACACUCACCGCCGUGUCCCGCCAGGUGGGCAACGAACUGAAUUCGGUGUUUCUCAACAUAGCCGAGAAGAACGGCAGCAGUCCCAGCCCCGGAAGCAUCGCAAAGAUCCUGGACAAAAUCACGCCGAUUGCUACUGAGCUUAACGGUCAGCUUGACAAGGCGACAAAAAUCCCUAAAGACCCUCCCACCCCGCUGGAUGGCACAGCCCAAGCCGUGGACAGUGCGAUAGGCGGAAUGAACAAUGAGGUUCAGGGACUUGAGAAAAAAUUCACUGAAGUCAAACAGCCACUUGCUGAUGAAGUCAACAGACUUCCCGCCGCCGUUACCAGAUUCAACACUGAAGCCGAAACACAGAUCAAGGGUGCGGCCACGACGGCGAUUGACAAGGCGGCUGAGCAGAUUAGUAACGGUGGUACAAUUGAGCUUAAAGAAGAUGGUCUCAUGUCUAAUUUCAAGAAAUCCCAUGAUAAGAUAAAUCGGGAGCUCCAGAGUAACCUCUACAGUAAAGUCGACGAACAGUUACCUAAGGCCGAUGAUCCAAAUGUAGACACUCAUGUAAAACUUCAAGGCGCUUCAAACUUUAAUAGUUAUAAUGGUCACGUUGAUCAAAAAGAGAUUGAGGACGGUAAGUUAACCGGCAUUAAAGACGAAGGCCAACUUCCACUGGCGAUCGGGGACAUCAAAAAGGAGGGUCUGAAAACGCUUAUAGAUACUAUUGGUGACGGUCAGCCAAAUAAAAUUGAUAACAAUACCUUCACCGGUCCGUUCACCGAUAUUAAGACACAGCUUGACGAGAUCAAGAAAUUGGUUGAGAAUAAGGAUGCGCAGCCACCGGGCAAGGACGCUGAUGGUGUAAGAGAUUUGUUGGAAAAGCUUAAAAGCGCGCUUGAUUCAGGAAAGCUGGAGGGAGCUGAGAAAGGUUUGGAAGCAAUCAGAGAUGCGAUUCAAAAGCUGCAUGAUAAUCAGUUUACUAACCAACCAGCUGCAAUCGAGAAAGCCGUCACAGCAAUUAGGCAGCAGCUUGAAGAGCUUAGAGGGAAGUUGAAGAAUGAAAAUGGCGAGGAUGUCAUUAAAAGACUGGAAUACAUGAAGGAGGAGGGCCUUGGCACUGAGCAAAAUGCUUGGACACAGAACGGCAAAACUCUCAGUGGUCUUGGGAAAAUCGAGAGUGAGCUUAGCGAGGAAAUUAAGAAGUUGCCGCAGGAAACGGAAAAAAUCAGAAAAGCCGCAAUACGAAUAUACGCCGAGAUUGCAAAUGUCAAAAUAGAUAUGGACAAUGUCUUCAAUCCAUUUGACGUCAUGGACCAUUUGCGUCGGUUGGGGAAAAAGAUCGGCACAAGUAAAGAUGGAUACAGUGACAGCCUUCAAGCAAUAUACAACGCAAUCAAAAACCUUCAUGACGGGCCGUUUCAUAAUAAUCCCGAUGCAAUUGGAAAAGCCAACGAAGCAAUUAAAGCAGAACUCACUGCGCUUCAAGGUGAGUUGCAAGACAAGCCAGGCAACGAUGUCAUAAAGUCACUGGAAGAUUUGAAGAACACUGGACUAAGUGGUACAAAGUGGGAUGAAAAUAGAAACGGAAAAAGUAAAAGCCUUCAAACCAUCGAAAGUGACCUUAAAGGUCAACAAAAUGAAUUGGGACAACAACCCGGCAAAAUAGACCAAGGCGUCCAAGAUAUCACCCUGUCGCUUAACACUCUCAGAGACACAUUGAACACUCAGGUCACCGAAAAGCUCAAGAAGCUGAAAGACAGUGGCCUUACUGACGGUAAUGAAAAAUGGAAUGACAAUGGUUUUGAAAAAGGCCUCACUAAAAUCACCGCAGACGUCGAGGCCAUAAAGGACGUUGACGUCGAUAACGUCAAGUAUCAUCUCGUCGCCCUGUGCAGUGCCGUGAAGCAUAACGCGGAAGAUGUGAGAGAGAAAUUAAAGGAGGUAAAGGAUAAUCUGAUCGGCGACUUGACAAAAAUAAAACACAAAUUUAGUGAUCUGCUGAGCGAGCAGGUGAGGCCUGUGAUAGCAGAGGUGAGAGGCUUCUUAAGAUUCCUCGACAACGGCAAGGCGCAACUGAUAAGGGAGCUCACACAGUUCGUCGACAAGGAGAUCAAGGAAGCCGAAGAGACAUUGAUAAGGGAGGCACGCCGGCAAUGUGUCUCCAACAUCAAGGAGGCGCUGAAGGCCUUCGCUUCCAAGGUGGAGGAAGAAUUAACUCCCUUACCCCCGUUAAUAAACGAGGAUCUCCAGAUAGGGUAUAAGGGGUUCAUGUAUGAUUUCCAGCAACGCUUCGAGUCUCACAUCUCCCCUCUAAAGGGUACGCUGCAACUCGAGGCCCUGUCCACAGGCUUCAAGCGGUUCCACCUGGCGCUCUCGGGAUACAUCAGCACAGAGAUCAGGAGGGUGCACAGCGAGGAGAGUAAAAAGAAGAAUCCGUCACUCCCGCAGUCAGAGGAUCACUACGCCGAGAGGCUUUACGGCGUCACCCACGCGCUAGAGGAGUUGCUGGAGCACAUCGGCAGGGGGAAACGUUUCGACCGCAGACUUCCCGAAAUGCUCGAUAAACUCGCCGAGGCAGUCGGAGCCCUGCGACCGGAGAAAUUCGCCAAAGUCACAACUCCGAUACUCGACGGCGUGGCGGAGGCAGCGGACAAGUUUGAGAAGGAACUGAGAACGGUGUACAUCUCCACAUACGACGGGGCGUUUGAGGGCUGCGUGCUCGUCAACGCGCGGACCGGCAGGGUGACGGCGGACGGCGAAAAAUGCGCGAAGAUACUUUUGACGAUUCUCGAAAUUCUGAAUCAUGAUCUCACGCAUCUGGAGGAGCAGUGCACGCGGCGGUAUCCCAGCAGCAGAAUUUACUCAACUUCUGGCCCCGGCGUAUUAUUGCACAGAAUGGGCUACGACGUUGCCACAAGCCCAAAUUCCCAGGACGGUGAGCUGCAAAAUGACAACGAUAUGACCGGCGACAAAAUUGGCAGACUGCUUGGGAGACCAAUUCGGCACGCCGACCAGAAUGAACACCUCGGAAAAUGCUCCGCCGUUAAGCGAAAUGAACAGAAUAAUUAUAAUCUUUUCGACGUUAUUGCGUGCCUUUGUUAUCACCUAAAUGAAUAUUAUCAGACGUGUCAUCUCAUAGUUACACCGUCGCCUAGGACGCCGUGCAGCGUCUACCAAAUGCUCGUAUGGCUGACCGGCCUCCCGCACAAUAGGGUCUACGAUCGCCUUAAGCAGCAGGUUAAAUCCGUGCUAAGCAACGCCGACGAUCAUUCCACAGACACCAAAUGGUACAUGGCCGCGCAGCCCAAAUCAGUCACCGCCACAAAUCUGGCCGCCGCCCUUCACGAUGCCACGUCCCACUCCCCCGCCCUGCUCACCAGGGUGCUAGGCUACGGCGACGCAUCCACAACCUACGCCGUUGACUUCUAUAGCAACGCACUGCAACUGUAUUACCCGCAGGACGCCGACGAUUGCCUCCAUCUGCUGUUCCACAUCUUCCGCCUAGUGUUCCCAGUGCUCAGAUUUCUGUUCACUCAGUGCUCACGGCCCGCCCACCACGGCGGCUGGGCGGACUGCCGGUACGGCAAGGGCGUCCCACCAUACACGUGGCAGUGCGCUCCUCCGGUCACCGCCCUGCCUACCCCUCACCCGGAGUGCACUGAUAAGUCCCCUUUGAUGUCGUACCUAAACGACUGCCUGCCCGGCCAUCUGCCUCACCAGGUUACUAACAUCGGCUGUGAGCCUGUAUGUCAGACGUGUCUUACCAGCGAACUUAGCACGCCCUGUCUCACUCCGCUCGGCUUCCGGGGUUUCUCUGGAAGUACGAGGACAGGCAAGGAGCUGUGCAAAGUGCUGACCAAAUGGUUCGGCAACGUCCAUAUCAAAUCGCUGCUCAGCCUCUGUCCCAGACCGCCGGCUACGCUGGCUGAGCACAUUUCCUUUGCCUCAUCUCUCGUUGGUGGUUGGCAACACAGUGCUCUGCCGUCAGCCAUCGACGCCUUUCAAUCUGCGUUCACGGACUCCAUCACCGGCCAGUCCAUGACCCUCUACCGCGAGCCCGGCAAGCUCACAGAUGCUCUGCGUGAUGCUUACGGCAACGGUCGGAGCGGUCAUGGCAUUCAGCAUUCUACUGCCCAAAAUACCGACCUGUCCAGCCUGUCGAUGCCAAGGUGCUGUGCGCUUCCCAACGACGCCAGCAUCAACUGCGCUCCCUUCCUAUCAGCCCUGUGCAGCGAUGCAUAUCAUUGCUUACCUCACCGACACGCCGACGUCUACCUCUCAUGGGCCGUCUACCUCCCGUGGACAUUAUAUGAGCUGUUGCUAUCAUUGAAGACUGCCUUCCAAGCCAUCUCCUGCCGGGACUGGGGCUGCGGUGAUUGCCUUCACGAGGAACCUUGUGACCCGGGCAGCCACGGCCUCCCCAGUCCCCAGUCGCCGGGGCACAGCUGCCGAUGCCGCUCCAUCGUCGGCUGCAAGGGCGUGAUGCCGACCUUGUACAGUCACGGCUUCACGUUCGGGGACGCACCGGCGCUGAUAUCGCAGAACAAGAAUUGUUCCACCCUCGCCAAGCAGCUCAGCCAAGUCCUACACUCCGACCACUUCACGGAACUGUUCCACCAAAUCGACCAGCUCAUCUAUCGCAUCCGUGCCCCCUUCCUCUUCACCCUGUUCACACUCUGGCUCACUGCCACGUUCUAUAUCCUCCACUCACUCCUCUACCGCAUGGACGUCCUCCGCAUCCGCUCCCACCUUCUCACCACCAGGGCCUCCCACCUCAUCGACGUCAAGGCGCUGCUCGCCGGAAGCCGCAGGAUGCUCUCACUCUACAAGGACGUCGAUUACUUCGACGAUGACUUUCACUCGUGA